CCGGGCGCGCGGUCGGUGUGGGCUGUGCGCUCCCGCGGCUCCGCGCCUCACAUCCUCCCUCCGCAUUGCACCUUCCUGUGCGAGCUGGGGGCGGGGGGGCGGCGCUGCCGCGGGGCCUUGCCAGCUGCUCCCCGCGCCCGCCAGCGGCUGGGAUCGCGCCCCGGGCUGCCCGGGUCCCGGCUCGGGGACGCGCAGUGGUGCCUGCGCUCUCCCACCAGCCCCGAUCCCGCGCCGCCGGCCUGUGGCUCCGGCAGCCCGAUGCUCGCGGGCGCGGCGGGAGAGGUCCGAGACACAAGCGAGCGGCGUCGGGCGGGCGCGCAGCAGCGGGGCCCCGGCCUUGGCGGCAGUUGCAAGAACUACAGUCUCGGCUGAUUUCUAGUGGAGAGGCUCUGACUGUUCAGCAGACAAUCACUUUCCUAUAGCCUUCACCUCCAGGAACAGAGGACUUUGGGGAAAGGAUUCUUAAAAGUACAGGCUGCACCAGUGGUGCUCAGGGCUUACUAUUGGCUCUGCACUCAGAAAUCACUCCUGGUGGGCUCAGAGAGUGCCACAUGGGGUACCAGGGAUCAAACCCAGGUGUGCCAGCCAUGAGAGGGUACCUUGUAGCCAUAUUCCUGAGUGCUGUCUUCCUCUAUUUUGUGCUGCACUGUAUUUUAUGGGGAACAAGUGUCUACUGGGUGCCACCUGUGGACAUGAAAAGGAGACAUCAGACCCGGCCUUGUUUAUCAAAGCCUGCUUUUGCCUCUCUCCUGAGGUUCCAUCAAUUUCACCCUUUUCUGUGUGCAUCUGAUUUGAAAAAGAUUGCUUCCUUGUAUGGUAGCGAUAAAUUUGAUUUGCCCUAUGGGACAAGAACAUCAGUGGAAUAUUUUCAAACUGCACUUUCAAAACUUCAGAGUUGUGAUCUCUUUGAUGAAUUUGACAGUGUGCCAUGUAAAAAGUGUGUGGUGGUUGGCAAUGGAGGAAUUUUGAAGAAUAAGUCUUUAGGAGAAAAAAUUGACUCCUAUGAUGUAAUAAUAAGAAUGAAUAAUGGUCCUGUUUUAGGACAUGAAGAAGAUGUUGGGAGAAGAACAACCUUCCGACUUUUUUAUCCAGAAUCUGUUUUUUCAGAUCCCAGUCAUAAUGAUCCUAACACCACAGUGAUUCUUACUGCUUUUAAGCCACUUGAUUUAAAGUGGCUAUGGGGACUGUUGACAGGUAGCAAAAUAAACAUUAAUGGUUUUUGGAAGAAACCAGCCUUAAACCUCAUCUAUAAACCAUAUCAAAUCAGAAUACUGGAUCCCUUCAUUAUUAGAACAGCAGCUUAUGAACUGCUUCAUUUCCCAGAAGUGUUUCCCAAAGAUCAGAAACCCAAGCACCCAACAACAGGAAUUAUUGCCAUCACACUGGCCUUUCACAUAUGUCAUGAAGUUCACCUUGCUGGUUUUAGAUACAACUUUUCCGACCCCCAAAGUCCUUUGCACUACUACGGGAAUACUACCAUGUCUCUGAUGAAUAAGAGUGCCUAUCAUAAUGUGACUGCAGAGCAGCUCUUUUUAAAGGAUAUUAUACAAAAAAACUUCGUAAUCAACUUGACUCAAGAUUGACCCUAAAGAUUCAGAAGAUGAUGUGAACAGUAUUUUAUUUUUGUACUGCGAUUUUUUAUUUUUAAUAUGCUGAAUUAAUCAGAAGAUUAUGGAUAUUAUGUGUAUUGUCUGUUGGUAACUGGUGAUUUAAUCCACCAGCUUAGUUUCUGUGAAUAUAUUUAACUUAUGAAAACCGAGACAUGUUCAGUUAGGAUAUCAGGGAGACAGUUUUUUUUUUUUAAAUAGGCUACUUUUCUGAGUGUUUCAAAUGUCUUUUUAUAGUUUGUUUCAUCUUAGACUUUGGAAGCAUGUGGCUUCUUAAUAAGAGGAUUUAGUUUACCACAACAGCCUCUGAAUAUAACAAGUACUGAGAAGUGUGUUUGGUUACUGUAAGUUGGUGGGAAAUUGACAUGUGGCUGAACCCUGAUGUGGCAAACUGGAAUUUCUUCAGACAUUCAACAGGAAGACUGAUUAGUUCCCUUUUUUUUUUUGUCCUAACCAAGAAACCUGAUUCAAAUCUUAAGUUAGCUGAGUACAGGGGAGUGAAUGGAAUCUAAGCUUAGACUGAUUUAAUUAAGUAUUUUUUCUCCCUGAAAUGUACUAAACCACAAUUACGAAGAAUAAUUUGGUAAGUUGACAUCGAUAAACAUGCAAUUCCGGAUGAGUAAAUGUAAUCAAAGAAUACUACUACUAAAAUCCGGUGACUUCAUUCUAUUAAAGAAGUAAAACAUUUUAAUUUCAUACAAAACUGAGCUAGGUAAGCUCAAGAACAUUCUUGAACGUGGUGUUGUGUUUUUUUUUUUUGCCUGUCCAUCUGAUUUAAUUUAUUCAAUUAUCAAAGUUUACUAUUUGAAUAAAAAAAUUAAGCUGUUUUUUGGAUUUAAAUUGUCCUUUCAUGAAAAACAACCUUAUCUUCAAAAGACAAGUUUACUGGCUCCCAGAAAAGUCCUAUGGAGUGCAAACACGUCACUCCUACAAACACGAGCUCCUUUCCCUUCCAUGAGGGGGUGCAGAGAGAAAGGAAGACAACAGGACAAAUUGUAAAGAUGGAAUUAAAAGCUCUCCAAGUGCUAGGAGAUAAAAGAAUGGAUCUUCUGAACAAUAAUUAUUACUGGAAGACACUGACA